AUGGUCGCUACACGCCGCGGGGCGAAAACCGCUCUGGAAGAGGCACCUGCCCCCUCCAACAUCCUCAACGCGCCUCCCAAGCGCGGCGGGAAGAAGAAGGCAGAUAUCGAGGGAGACACCGAAGCCGCGCCUGUCGCCACCAAGGCUACCAAGCGCAAGGCAAAGGCAGAACUCGAAGCCGACGCGCCACCCAUGGUGAAGAAGGCCGCCGUCAAGAAGGCCGCAGAACCUGUGCCUGCCGCCAGCAAAACCACAAAGCGCAAGGCAAAGUCAGAGCCUGAAGCUGACGCACCGCCCAUGGCGAAGAAGGCAGCUGUCAAGAAGGCGACUAAGCCUGUGUCUGCCGCUACCAAGCGCAAGGCACAAGCAGAGCCGGAAGCCGACGCGCCGCCUAUGGCGAAGAAGAUGAGUGUCACCGCAAAGAUUGCACGCGAUGCCAAAGCCGAGAUGCCAGCAGAGCUGGCGCCUGCAGCUCUCAAGCGCGCGACCCGAGGUCGCAAGGCCGAGGAGACCGUCGCUGAAGAAGAGCCGGCGCCUGCAGUCGUCAAUCGGGCGAUAAAGCCUGCGACUACCCGUGCGCGCAAGAUCCCAGCGAAAAAGGCCGCCAUUGUUGAGGAGCCAGUCGCUGUUGGAGAAGACGUAGUCGAAGAAGUUCCUAAGCCAGCAUCGCGCACACGCAGGGCACCUGCAAAAAAGGCUGUUGUCAUUGAGGAGGCCGAGCUGGUCAAGCCCGCUGCUCGUACACGCAAAGCAGCAGCUCCCAAGCUGACAGCACCCACACCUGUCCUUGCUCCUGGAGUCACACACGAGGGACAUGUUGUCGCUCUCGAACAAGACUCGCCGCUCAAGGCCCCGGCCCGCAAGCCCACAAAGAAGGCUGCCGCUCCCGCCCCCGUGCCAUUCAUCCCUGCGAUACCUGAGGUCGAGCAGAUUGAGGAGCCUUUUACCGAGUUCCCCGGCGUCUCCUCCACACCGGGACGCUUCGCCCAAGACUUCACAACGAGACGUGCGAUGAGAGAGCUGCCAAAUUACCCCAGCACUCCAGCGCACAUCUCGGCGCCCAUCUCAAGCAAGGCAGCCAUGGCUGAGUUGCCCGGGUACCCUCAGACACCAGCUCACAUUCAGGCUCCCAUGAGCACCAAGGCAGCAUUCGCUGAGAUGCCCGGCUAUCCUAAUACGCCUGCUCACAUCAAGGUUCCCAGUCCCGCCUUAGAGGUCAUGGACGAGAUCCAUGAAGAGUCCGAAACAUCCAUCCAGGAUGACGGUGCCAUGGAAGGUAACGAUGAGCACGCUGUCGAUACCAGCAACGAGGCUGCUAUGAACGAGCUGCCAGAUUACCCGACCACCCCAGCACACAUUGCCGCGCCCCUCAGUAGCAAAGAUGCAUUAGAGGCGCUUCCAGACUACCCCAUGACACCUGCCCACAUCAGGGCCCCAUUGGCCAACAAGGAUGCUCUUGACGAGUUGCCCGGUUACCCCAAGACUCCCGCACACGUUCAAGUACCUCAGGUUUCAAGCGAGGCGCCAGUAGAGCUUGCCGAUGAUUCUCACACACCUAUCAAGAACACUCCCUCACCUACGGCCGCUGUUACUCAAGAAUUGGCUAUUGCCGAGUCCACUACCCCUAUCGGGAUCACUUCACCAGUGCAGCAAGUUAUGAUCGAAAAUUCAACAACCCCUGAGAAGAUGGCGUCGACGCCAAAGGCAGGAAACGUCCCUGCAACAGCUGUCGGGGAUCCAUCUACGCCGACUGAGAUCAGCUCCCCCAUUACAGAAGGCAACUUCUUAUCAGGUACUCCUCGGGUGCCUGAAAACAUUACUUGGGGUAUCACUGACCAGGAGGCAUUCGAAGAGCUUCCUGAAGAUUACCCUACCACCCCGGAUCAUAUCAAGGCACCGGUAUCUACAAAGGAUACAUUGGCCGAGCUUCCAGGGUACCCAAAGACUCCAGCCCACAUCAUUGCACCCAUGACCCCUCGUCGCGCUCUAGCUGAGCUACCGAAUUACCCCACGACUCCUGCCAUGGCCAUGGAGGCAGCCAUUCAAGAAGAGAUAUCUGCCUCGGUCAAGAAGCAGACGCCAUCGCCGUUGGCCAAAAAGCAGACCCCAUUGGCGUUUCCGCAACGUGAAGACAAUUCGUUCUCGAUUGCUCAUGAUGAUAGCGAGAUGACUGAUGUGAGCAACAUGGACAGCGAGAUCCCGGAGACAAUGUCGAAAUUCUCCAUUGCGCCUUUACAGCUCGCCGCAGUCCCCACAUUAGCUCCUCCUACCCAGCUUGCCACCACCCUCUCAGCUCAAGAGCCCGCUUCUCCAAUUAAAUCUGCUCUGCGAUCGCCUCAGAAGAUGAAUUUCAAGACCCCUAAGAAGGCUGUUACUUGGGAUGAUCCUGAGGAGAACGGGGUGUCACUGCUCAACGAGGGUCCUCUCGGAGGCAUGACCUUCCUGGUCGAUGUCACCCGUAAAGGCAAGGAUCAAGAGUUUCUCUUCCGUCAUCUGCUAGAGGACCUCGGUGCCAAGGUCGUUCAGGAUUGGGAGAGCGGCACAAUUAGCCAUGUUAUCUAUAAGGAUGGCAACAACUCCACGCUCCAGAAGAUUGUUGCCAGUAACGGCGCCAUCAAGUGCGUCAAUGUUGGAUAUGCUUUGGAUUGCGAGGCUCAGAGGAGGCGUUUGGAUGAGAACCCAUAUUUGGUCGAUCUCUCCAUCACUAUUCCUGACCCUCCAAAGCCUGUCGCCGCAAUGAGAACAUACACUCCCAUGCGCACACCUUCUCAAAACAAGGUUGCAACUCCCUCCGUUUGCACUAGUUUGCCCGCUACGCCUACCAGCUCAGAGCUGGACCGUUCCAUGGUCAUUGAUGACGACAAGGAGAACAGCGAGAUCGGACUCUUUUUCAGAUUGGACGAUGACUUCAGGGAGAUUCGAUCGGUGCCUCCGAAGAAGUCAAGGUACCUUUUCGCCAGGUCGCCUAUCAAGACCCCUUCGCAGCCGAAGUUCCUGGCGCAAACCCCGAUCAAGCCUCAGUCGGUCAUGCAGCCUGCUACGGUUGCUGGCAAGAAGCGUUCCAUGGAAGAAUCUUUCCCCAGUAUCCUGUCGGCGUCGCCAAAGAAGCUUCGAUUCACCUAG